AUGCGCAGCAACAAGCGCUUGCGGCUGCUGCUUACUCCAGGAGGCGUGACUUGCUGCUUUCUGGUUGCUGCAGCCUCACCCGAUCCACGAUGUCCUGAGCCAUCCUGCUGCGAUCGCGCAGACGGAGCUUGCUGGCAUCAUGGUCUUUGGACGAGGGCUUACUGCUGUGCUUUGGGAGGGGCUGCCGACUGCUACCGCUGGGGCGAAGAUUCGCCAGGUGAAGACGUGGCAGUGCAUGAUGCCUAUUCCGGCGUCCAGUGUCGACACCUCUGUCAGGCUCACGAAACCUGUGCAUACUGGACUUACAUUGUGAAAGCGCCGCAAGUGCCAGAUUCUCUGCAGGGCCGGUGUUUCCUGAAAUCCCCCCUUGCCGCGGCCAAUCGUGAGUUGGCCCAUCCAUUCGUGGUGAGCGGAGAACGGCUUUGUGCGCACUUCGGUGAAGGUUUGUCUCCGGAAGCGGCCCGAGAGCGGCGUGGGCUUCAGACCCCUCUUUGGCGGACGUCUGUGAAAGCAACCGCUGGCGCCGCUGGGCUACCGCUGCUUCCUGGUUCAGGCACCGAGGAAUGGUACAGGGAGGCAACGAAAGUCUUGGACGAAGUCGGCUUUGUGGUGAUCCUGGAUGCGCUGUCGGAUGCACAAACCGCGGAGCUCCUCCAGAAGGCAAAGCAGGUCGCGGAGAAGAUGUUGUUGUUGGAUCCCGAGCGGCUUGGGAACCGCGGUCCACGGAGGUAUAGCUUUGGAGGGGCUUCGCGAACCCUGCACCUGAUGCACAUUGACGGCUGGGAGCAGUUGCUGGACAACGAGCCUGUCAACCAGCUCCUUGCAGCCUACUAUUCGGAGGGCUUCUUGGCAUGCGGCGGUGGUGGUGACUUCGUCUUGGGCAGCACCAGCACGUAUCAGUCGCUUCACUUGGACGUUGGAGGGCCGGUGCACAGUCUGGAAAAAGCUCCUGCAAUCGGUGUGAACUUCGCAUUGGAAGAUAUCUCCUGUGCUGAUGCACCGAUGAGGGUCGUGCCGUACUCCCACCGAAACACUACAGAGCCUCCGGACUUGCCGUCCGAGCCACAGGAGAUGAAGGAUUCCGUGCUUUGUCCGCUGCCUCGCGGAAGCGCCCUCGUCCGAGAUCUUCGGGUCUGGCACGGAGGUACACCCAGCGGUUCCAGUCUACCGAGAUUUCUGCCCAAUGCCGAGUUCGUCAGCUUGCUUUGGGGCAGUCUCACGUGUGGCAGCGGUGAGAUCCUGGAUCCGUGUCAGCCGGUCCUGCCACGAGCCUCGCACGCUCGUCUUUCGCCCUUCGCCCGAGCGAUCUCCGCACGAUUGGUCGACAACACGGAAGCCCUGGAGCAUACGGGACAAAGUACCGAUGCCUGGCUGAUUCCAGACUUCCGUGGAUACCACCGGCACAAGCAAGAAGCAUAUUGA